UGGGCGUGGUCGAAGGUGAAAGGAGGUCACGUGUCUGUACCGGAGGCGGGCCGAAGAGAGAAGGGAUGCUCGCGCGGUGCACGGCGGGAGUAGUUCUGUACCGUUGGUAGCAGCAGGUGAAGACUAACUGACUACGCGGCGAGUAUUUCAGUUUGUUGAAAUGACCAGUCGUAAAUCAAAGAGUCACAACUUAAUACAAGCAGAGUGCCUUUCACAGGUACAAAGAAUUUUACGUGAACGAUUUUGUCAUCAGUGUCCAGAUAGUAAUCUAUUUGGAGUACAAGUACAAUAUAAGCACCUUAUUGAGCUGCUAAAAAGAACUGCUAUCCAUGGAGAAAGUAAUUCUGUUCUCAUUAUUGGACCCCGAGGAUCUGGAAAGACCAUGUUAAUAAACCGUGCUUUGAAAGAACUCAUGGAAGUAGAAGAAAUAAGUGAAAAUGUAUUACAAGUUCACCUAAAUGGACUAUUACAGAUCAAUGAUAAAAUUGCCCUAAAGGAAAUCACAAGACAGUUAAAUCUGGAAAAUGUAGUUGAAGAUAAAGUUUUUGGAAGUUUUGCUGAAAACCUUUCAUUUCUUCUGGAAGCUUUAAAAAAAGGUGACCGGACUAGUAGUUGCCCAGUGCUGUUCAUUUUAGAUGAAUUUGAUCUUUUUGCUCAUCAUAAAAACCAAACACUUCUCUAUAAUCUUUUUGACAUUUCUCAGUCUGCACAGACUCCAAUAGCAGUUAUUGGUCUUACAUGUAGAUUGGAUAUUUUGGAACUCUUAGAAAAAAGAGUGAAGUCACGAUUUUCUCACCGUCAGAUACACAUAAUGAACUCAUUCAGUUUUCCACAGUAUCUUAAAAUAUUUAAAGAACAAUUAUCUCUGCCUGCAGAAUUUCCAGACAAGCUUUAUGCUGAGAAGUGGAAUGAGCAUAUUCAGUGUCUCUCAGAAGACAAAAGUGUGCAAGAAAUAUUAGAGAAGCACUUCAAUGUCAGCAAAAAUCUGCGUUCAUUACACAUGCUAUUGAUGCUUACUUUAAAUCGUGUAACAUCAUCACAUCCUUUUAUGACAGUGGCAGAUCUGAUGGAGGCAAGUCAGCUGUGUAGCAUGGAUUCUAAAGCAAAUAUAGUACAUGGCUUGUCUGUCUUGGAAAUCUGUCUUAUAAUAGCAAUGAAACAUCUAAAUGAUAUCUAUGAAGAGGAGCCUUUUAAUUUUCAAAUGGUGUAUAAUGAGUUUCAGAAGUUUGUUCAAAGAAAGGCCCAUUCUGUUUAUAAUUUUGAGAAACCUGUUGUCAUGAAGGCUUUUGAACACUUACAGCAAUUAGAAUUAAUAAGGCCCAUGGAAAGAACUUCAGUAAAUGCACAAAGAGAAUACCAACUGAUGAAACUACUUUUGGAUAAUACUCAAAUUAUGAAUGCUUUGCAGAAAUACCCCAACUGUCCUACAGAUGUUAGGCAGUGGGCAACGUCCUCAUUAAGCUGGUUAUGAGUAUACCCACUGUCUUCAGUUACAAAGAUUUAGUCAUACUUCUUUGAAGAACUAUUGUCUUUUUAAAAAUGUUAUUUUCUAUGUUUGCAAGCACAUUUUUGUAUAUAUGGUGACUGUUGUCUAAGCUGUGUCUUGCCUUUGACUUAUUAGCAGCUGUAGGAGUGGUAAUUCCAGUGAUACAGAUUAUGGUGUAAGUAGCAAUUCAAAACAAAAAAUGUGACUUUUAGGUACUGAACUGUAUGCUUCUUUACACUUGGGAAGUAUGUAUGUGGUAUAUUUGAAGAAUUAUUUCAACCCAACAACCAGUUGUUUUUAUAGACCAUAAGGUAUAGUGAAUUAUUUUUUCAUUUAAUCUCAGUUUCAGAUCUUCUACUUCAGGAAAUUAACGAUUUUGACCAGAAGUUAGUUUGCAUGGAAGAAAAAAGCCAAAAGUUUUGACUGUUUUCUUCUAGAUGUCUCAAAAUGUGGUUACACACCAUCUACAUAGGGAUCCCUUGUAGGAUUAUUUUUUAAAAUCAUAGUCUUGGACCUGUUCUAAGCCAAAGGGUCAGAAUUUGUUCUUCUUUUUAAAAACAAAAACAAGGACUUCGUGAACAUUCCUGGGAGGCCAGGACCACAAAUAAUGAGCAGUGUUUUGCAGUGUUACCUAAACCUAUUUAUAUCAAAAAGUAAAUGUCCUUAAAAAGGAAUAUGUAAAUGUGUAACCUUAGAGAUCCAGGAAUCUGAACUAAUGCAGGUAUGUCCUAAAUUAAAUAAUCAUUCAUGUUAGUGACUUCAUUCAAGAAUAUUUGCAGACUGUGAUUUGCAUUACAUGAGGCUUACCAAAGACUGGAGUACCUAUUUUGUAGUUUAUAAUUCCUUUAACUCUAAAAGCCUCUGUACUUAGGUACUGUUAUUUAGAGAUGAGAAAAUAAGAGUAUUGCAAGUAUCCAGAAUUAAAUGUUUGACAGACCUUGGAAUUUUCUCAGAUUCCUUGCUAUUAGGAGCUAAAGUUCAAUAAGUGGUUUUUUAUCAUGUAUUGGUAAAAGUAUGCAUAAGAAAUCAUUUACUCUAUUUUUUUAAGAAGUAUGGAAUGUAAAGUGGAAUGUACAAUGUCUGAACAUAACAGAAGCUCUUACCAAUACAUUCUUUGGCAUAAAUAACCAUCCUCUGUGCCUUCUGAGUCUUCAUAUCAUUGUCAUUUACUUCUUGCAAUAUUUCAUAAAGCAGGCCUUUCAUACUGGUUCUAUGUAUACAUGUUUAGUUUUUGUGGAGUAUUUUUUUGGAGAGAGGGGAAUUUUGCAGAAAUACAUGGUAGCAUGAAAUAGAAGCAAAGAUUAUAUAUUUAUGCUUAUUUUUGGCCCCUUAAGAAAUAUAUCUGAGCUAUUUUAGGCAAUGUACUAUUUGCCUAAAAGGCAUUGACUAUAAAAGCACCUAUAGAACUCACUUGCUAAGUUUUUUUUUUUGUUUUCUCAUUUAAAAUGCUACUAAAAGGCUGAGAGUUCUUUUCUGCAUCCCUGGUUACAUAAAGAGAUACAGAAGAUCAAUCAACAUACUGGUAUACAGAUUAAAAUACUAAGUAGUAACUAGUGUGUUUUAUUUUCAUGUGAAGCUUUUUCUAAGGUGAUUUUUUAAAAAAAAUGCUAGCAAAUGUCAUAAAAAUGAAGCAUAUGCCUACAUUCCAAAGGCAUUUAUUUGAGUGAAAUAGGGAUGUUAAUGUGUCUUUAUCCAUAUUUCUUAAUACAAAACAGCUUAAUUUAUUUCCAGUAUUUUUAGAGAUAGUUUUAUCUCUUAAAUGGCUUAAACCAGUGACAAACUCUAGAAAUGUUACUGAAGAACUGAAGCUGGCUGUGAGAGAGGGAGAGUGAACAAGUGGGGAGGGGCACAGUAUAUCGUGGUGGAGAAUUUUGGUAUCUUAUGGGGCAGGUAGGUGUGAUGUUAAUACCUGAGGGAGAAUGUCCUCUACUUCUAAAUCCUAUACAAUAUUGUCAACCAAUGCCGUCAAUAAAGCAACCUAAUAAUAAAUUGCUUAAAGGGUAACCAACAUCAGUAAAAUAAAAUGGUCUAAAAAGCCCUAGCACAAACUUUAAAGGCUUAAAGAUAAUUUCAUUUACUAAAAGAGAAAUGUAGUCUUUUAAAAAUACAGUCAAAAGCCCAUGGACUCUGUGGCUCAUCAGGUUGAAGGAGACAAGAAAAACAUUGAGAGAUGUCAGUGUAGGAAUUUUGUGUUCUCUAUGUGCCCUACAAAAACAGGAUCUUGUUAAGAA